GCCAGCGAUACAGCCGACACGCGGAUGCACGCGCGGCCACCACCUUGCAAUGCAUUCCUUCUGGCUUUUGUUUUCCUCUGCCUGACGAAGGAGGAGGAGGUGACGCAUGCUCAUACUGUCACACACAGCCUCGGUUUAGCUUUAGCGUUGCGUUAACGAUCCGUUUGUGGGCGCAUGAGCCUUAGCGCGACGCCCAGCAAUUUCACCAGUGUCUGAUCUGAGCAUUACAGGACAAGACAACCAGCACAUGACUGUGGAUUACUAUAUUGUAUAACCCUUUUCAGUAUAUGAUUCGGAUUCAAGAGUUUCAUAUUAAACACCAAACACUCUGAAACAAGAAUCUUGUUGCGUGUCCGAGCUAAAAGAUCUGCUAUCAAGCAGCCAGCGUUUUUUCGGGCAUUCUGGUUCCUUUCCCUGGGUUUUCUGGUUCCUGAAUCUUUUUAAUUCCGAAAUAAACCUACUGCUGGAAUUGGAAUUCGCUUCGAGUGACGAGAUUGUCUGGGUAGCUUCAUUUGAGGAUAAGGAUCAUGAUUCGUAAGACUUGGUGAUUCUGCUUAUGGCUAGUGAUUUAUAAAGGGAGAAUUAUGGCUGGGGAGAUUGAAGAAACGUUUAGCAUUAACUUUCAGGGAGAUUCAAUACAUUCCGGCUCCAUCUCAUUUGGAAGAUUUGAAAAUGAACCUUUAUCUUGGGAAAGAAGAUCCUCUUUCUCUCACAAUAGGUACUUGGAAGAAGUUGAGAAAUGUUCAAAACCAGGUUCAGUUAUUGAGAAGAAAGCAUAUUUUGAAGCUCAUUUCAAGAAGAAGGGCCUUUUAGGUUUUAAUAUACCUGUAAAUCAUGAUGGAUCUGAUCAAACAACUGGUGAAAAUGACGGUUCAGAGAGAAUUAGCGACCUAGGGGAUUUUGAGUCAAAUGAAAAUGGUCAGGGUGUUCAGUUUGAUCAAAGAUCCCAAGAGGAUUUUGAACCGAUUGUAGACGGCCAAUAUAUUCAAUUUGAUCAAAGAUCAUUGGAAGAUUUUGAGCCAAUUGUGGAUGGCCAUUAUGGUCAAUAUGAACACAGAUCUUUCGAAGAUUUUGGGCCAGAUGAAAAUGACAAUCAUAUUCAAUUUGAUGAAGGACCUGCUGGUUCAGAUUAUAAUGGAGAGUAUGGAGUGACUGGAUAUGAAGUGGAAGGUCUGGUCACAGAAGGGCCAAAAGUUUCAUCUUCUAACCUGCAUAUGGAAUUCGCUGUAAAUAACUGUAAUGUUUUGGAGGAUGCUAUUGACAAUAACAGAAUUUUGGAUGAAGCUCCUAAACCUGAAAAUGAGACAAGUAGCACAAUCUCUGUUGAUGACACGAUGGUUGUAGAAGUGAAAAAGGACCAUGGUGGUACUGCCAAUAAUGAUGAAUCAUUAAGAAUUAUGAAUGUGACUGAACCAGCUAGAGGUGUUGAGCAAACAGCUCUCAAUGAUCCUCCAAGUCCCUUUCCAAAGCCUGAGCCUGGGUUGAGCUCCGUAGUCAACCGUGUUCAAGUCUGGAAAAACAGUUCAGCAAGAUCACCUAAGGGCUUGGCAAGAAAUUCUAGUAGAGAGAGUCCAAGGAAAACCAAUGUGGAAAAGAAUUCAUCAAAACUUGCAACGCCAAGGACUCAUUCACUAGGCAGAACUCCAAAAGAAGUUUCUAAAAGUGAGAAAAAAGUAAUUUGUGAGAGGAAAAGUGAAAAAGUUCUAGAAAUAAACAAGGCUGCAGAAUCUCAACCUUUUGUUUUAAAAGCUAAUUCCAGAGGGAUCCAAGAAGCCAAAAGGGUGAACCCAACUGUCAAUUCAAGUUCAAGAAACUCUGAGGCUAGGCCAAGGGCUGCAGCUUUCAACUUUAAAAGUAGUGAACGAGCAGAAAGGAGGAAAGAGUUCUACAUGAAGUUGGAAGAAAAAAUGCAUGCAAAAGAAGCAGAGAUGAAUCAAAUGCAAGCAAUGUCAAAGGAAAAGACACAAGCUGAGAUUAGAAAACUCAGGAAGACUCUUAACUUUAAAGCGACGCCUAUGCCUUCCUUUUAUCGCACAGCUGCUGCUUCACAUUCAGACGGGAAUAAGGAUGUAACAGAUAACAACAAAAGUAGGAACAAGAAAGUACAGAAUAAACCAAAAUGUGCAGGGAGCAUAUCAGGCGCAGCAAUUUCUUCAAAUUUGAAGACUAGAAUCAGAAAUGAUCAAGCUGCUGAUGAAUCUGUAACAUCAACCAAGCCACAUAGUAUCGCAUCCUCUGAGGCUAGUGUGACCUCUUCAACUCCUCCAACCAACCAAAGCCGCCUUCUUGAUUCGAAGCAAAUGGCUGGGUUUCCAGAUGGAAGGAACGAGCAAAGGCUGGGUGGCAAAACCAGAGUUUCAUUAGAGGGCAGCUUUAAGGAGGCAAGAAGGCCACACAGUAGAGAGAAGCGAACUGGGCAAACUCCAAAACAGAGCAUUGAAACAAGGAAGAAUAGUGUGAAGAGUAUAGCUGUUAGAAGCAGUUCAAGAAUUGGUAGUCUCACUGUACCUGUGGCUUCCUGAAAACUUUCUUCUCUUCAUCUUCAAACUGAUCUUCUGCUUUCUCCAGGACUGCUAUUAUCUUAGCUUUUCGCCCCACAAAAUACAGUGUAAUGAUUGCACCAUAGGUUAUUUUAUAAUGUUAAAGUUACUAAUAAGUCAAUGAUUGCAGCAUGCAUGCAAGUAGGCAGUAGCUUUGGUAAAUAAUGGGCAUGCUCAUUAUUGA